CACUAAAAAAUACAGCAAAUUCCUUCGAAACUUUCCAGGAACUUUCCGGCAAAACAAAACAUUCUUUUUCAGCAAAACAAACAUUAAAAGCUUUUUCGUUUUCCUUGAUUUUGGUUUAUUUUCGUUUUCGUUACAGUAGCUCAAAUUGAAAUCGGCGCUUUUCUUAGAUCCCCGAAUUCACUGCUUUUCUUAGACCCCCCGAAUUUUCUUCUCCACCCACGAACCGCUAGCAGGUAUUAACCCCCCCGGGUAACACCCAUUUCCAUUUUAUUCUGCUUUUUGUGCUUUAUAUAUUCAUAAUUUGAGUAGAAUCUGAUGCUGCAAUUGCUUUUUAAUUCCAAAAAUUAGGGGUGUGUAAGUUGUUUUUCCACAUCGAGAUCGUGUAGCUUUCUGGGAUGUUUAGUAGGAUCGAGUUUUCUUGCUCAUUUUGAAGGUUUUAUUACUUGGGUGAGGAGUUGAGGGUAUUGUUCUGUUUGAUUGGAUGAGGAAGGUUUCGAAGAGGGGUGCGUGCAAGUCUGCAUCGCACCAGCUCUUCAAGGACAGGGCAAAGAACCGUGUCGAUGAUCUGCAGGGUGUUUUAACUAAUCUACAAUCUGCAAGGAAAGAAAGCCGAAGUUAUGAUGUUGGGUUGCUUGAAGAGCAAGUCCACCAGAUGCUGCGCGAAUGGAAAGCUGAGCUCAAUGAGCCAUCCCCGGCUUCUUCUUUGCAGGGAGGAAGCCUUGUUUCAUCAUCAGACAUCUAUAGACUGUUACUUGGUGAGGAAGAAGAUGAUGCGACCAGUCCAUUAGCUGCGCCUAAGCCUGAGCCUGAUGCUCAAAAAGUUAGUGUUACUGGUUUUCAAGAGGGUUUCAAUGCAACUCAGGUGCUGCAGGAGCAAGGUUUCCACUUGGUUGAUCAAUGCAAAGGCUUGCCUUUAGUGGUUAACAAUGCGGGAAUUAACAAUCUUGGCAUUGCAACCCAUUUGGAUUACCAUUCUUUUGAUUUGCAUCAAGAAUACGAUCAGCAGUACUUACCUGGAUUUGAUGCUCUAAAUCUUUGCCUAGAGGAUGCUUUGCCUCCUAUUCAUAUUAGUCCUCCAGCCUCUGCUUUCCUGGGGCCGAAAUGUGCACUCUGGGAUUGCCCCCGACCUGCGAUGGGGUCAGACUGGUGUCAGAAGUCUCAAGACUACUGCAGUGACUAUCAUGCUUCUCUUGCACCUAAUGAAGGUUAUCCUGGGAGGCCUCCAGUUGUUCGGCCAAUGGGUAUCGGCUUAAAGGAUAACUUGCUUUUUCAAGCUCUUGGUGCAAAAGCACAUGGAAAAGAUGUUGGUGUUCCUGAGUGUGAGGGUGCUGCCACGGCAAAAUCCCCCUGGAAUGCACCCGAGCUCUUUGAUCUUAAAGUUGUUGAAGGUGAAACAAUUAGGGAGUGGCUUUUCUUUGAUAAGCCUCGAAGAGCGUUUGAAAGUGGAAACAGAAAGCAGAGGUCAUUGCCGGAUUAUAAUGGACGGGGUUGGCACGAGUCAAGGAAGCAAAUGAUGAAUGAAUUUGGAGGGCUGAAAAGAUCCUACUACAUGGAUCCACAACCGAUGAAAAAUCUGGAAUGGCAUCUUUACGAGUAUGAGAUCAACAAGUACGAUGCAUGUGCCUUGUACAGAUUGGAACUGAAGCUUGUUGAUGGGAAAAAGAUCCCCAAAGGGAAGGUAACCAAUGUAUCAGUUUCUGAUUUGCAAAAGCAAAUGGGAAGACUUACUGCUGAAUUUCCUUUGGACAACAAGCGAACUGUGAAAGGCAGAGCAAAGGCUGCCAAUUUGAAGAAUGUGGGAAACAUUCAAGCUGCUCCAAUUCCAAUGGUUCCAUCUUGUGAAGGGUUUGAUUAUGGGACUGGCGAACCUUAUGACUAUCUUGUAGAUGAUCUGGAUGGCUACUUCAUAACCUAAUUAGAUACACGCAUCGAUGCUUUUCAAACAAGAGGCAUUUCGCCUAUGUAUUAUACUCCAGUUUCAUCUUAGACUCAAAAAUCAUGGUGGUGGCCAAGUUGCUCGGCUUCUGCUUACUUAUUUAGUCGGGGUCAACCGCAUGCCUCCCAUUUCCAUGGGCUUAUGGUCAAUAUUUCAUUGUCAUCUGAGACGCGGUCUCAUCUAAUUAUGGAGCACAUUUUACUGCUUGAAAAUGAAAACCCAAUUUACUUGGUCUUCUCAUUUACAUAUUUUGGAGCCAAGUUGACACUAAAUGUAUUGAUGUUAUAGUGUCAUAUUUGGUGACCAUAUGUAAUGGUAAUUUGUAUUGGUCAUCUUCUUCAAGAUCUGCUGUUACAUUGUAGUUAUGAUUUAAUAGGAUGGCAAUCAGACUCUCUGAAAACCAUCUAAGCACCUCUACAUAAAAGAGAGGCUCUUGUUCAAUUUUUUUGGCAACUAUGCAGGUAGGCACACACUCAAAUGGAAAGAGAUUCUCCUUUUAACCUAGACAGAACUUUAUUUAGUUCGAAAUAAAUUAUGUGAUUUCUUUCCAGUAGUUUGAGUCUUAGUGGACGGAGUUAUCAGAUACUUGUGUUGUGAAGGUAGAGAGGCUGGCGGUUUGCGAUA